UUAUGCUCUUUUUUUUGUUUUCUUUCUUAUAACCUUCGUAAGUCGUGAGUUAAAUUUUCUGUCACAGUCUACUACUGCCAAACGAUUCAGAAGGGUAGUGGUAAUUUUUCUCAUGUUGUAAAUUUCAUCGUGGAAUCGAUUUCUCUGCAUAAUACUGUUUAUCCGAAAGCAAAAUCUCGGAAUUAAGAGCAAAAGGAAAAUUCAGGAAAACAAAUUUGUAGUUUCUACUCUGAGUGUUCUUAAAAUGUUGCAAGAGACUAAUCCAUGUUCAUUACUAUUGCAGGAGUGAGCAACAGAAGGAAUAAGGAACUUUCGAAAGUCUGCUGUGAUCAUCACCUAUUAGGCGUUGCUUGAAUUAUAGAUGGGUAACAUAAUCAUCUCCUUCCUUUCAGGUUUUACUAAAGUCAUCGGCGACCUUUUUGGUUCUCCACUCGAUUUUCUUGCUGGAAAGUCUUGCAGUUCAGUUUGUGCGUCACCAUGGGAUUUUUUUUGUUACAUCGAGAAUUUCUGUGUUGCCAACCUACUAAAGAUGGUCGCUGUACUAGCUCUGUUAUACAUUGUGCUCCUAUUCUUCUACCUGCUCUAUAAAACGGGCAUUUGCCAGUGCGUUGGCCAUAGCCUCUGCAAAACGGCUUGGGCAUGUUUGGUUGCUUGGUUUUCUAUGUGGGGGUAUUGUUGCAUUUUCAUGAGUGAUAAGCUUAUAAUGCUCAAAAGGGUAAGGCAUGGCCACAGAAGUGACUCAUCAGAGUUUGAUACAAGUGAAGAAGACUUUGAUCAUAUACCUAGAACCAUGGAAAUAAGUGGCUCAUCAUCUCGUCGAACAAGGGAUUACAGGAGAGUUCACUUAAGGAAGUCUUUGAGGCCAAGAAGUCACCGUAUUCGAGUAGGUUUAGGCUCAGAUUUUGAUUAUGGAUCUGGAAGAAUCCCUAAUGCUAAGCACGGAAAACAUUUCAGCACAAUUCAUAGCAUUCGUGUAACUCACACGUCGCAGUUUGUGCGGAAAAGGGCAGGUUUUAGGGGAAGGGCUUAUCCAAGACAAAGGCGGUGAACAUCUGAUAUCAAGAACUAAAGGGCUCAUUCGAUGGAGAACGAAGAGAGAAAACUAGCAUCGAGGUGGGUCCCUUGUACCCAGCUCGAACAAGUCCAUCCAGAUAAUGCAAUAGCAAUGGUUUUGCAAGAACAAGAGAGGGCUUUCACAAUUC